AUGCAGCUGGCCGUUCCUCUUCAUGUGAAGUAUAUACAGUCGCUAGGAGAGAACAAGGAUGACCUGACAUACCACCUCACCGCGCAUCUGCGCAUGAAUGCAAUAUACUGGGGCCUUACAGCGCUAUGUGUGAUGAAGCACAAGGACGCGCUUGAUCGCGAAGAAAUGAUCGACUUUGUAAUGAGUUGCUGGGACGACCAAGCAGGAGCAUUUGGCGCGCAUCCCGAUCACGAUGCGCAUAUCCUUUCGACAUUGAGCGCAAUACAGAUCCUGGCUACCCAAGGCGCGCUAGAUAGGAUAGAUGUGCCUCGCGUCGUCAAAUUCAUCAUGUCCCUCCAGCAGCCAUCUGGCGUUUUCGCGGGUGACUCGUUCGGCGAGAUCGAUACGAGGUUCCUGUACUGUGCUGUCAAUGCCCUGUCCCUCCUAGGAAAGCUCGACGAGCUCGACGUGGAGAAGACCGUCGGAUAUAUUCAGAAAUGCAAGAACUUCGACGGGGGUUUCGGCGCGUGCGUCGGCGCAGAGAGCCACGCUGCACAAGUCUUUGUGUGUACGGCCGCACUGGCGAUUUUGGACAGGCUGGAUGUGAUUGACCAAGAGACGCUUGCUUGGUGGCUAGCCGAGCGGCAGCUGCCUAACGGCGGUCUUAAUGGUCGGCCUGAGAAGCUUGAGGAUGUGUGCUACAGUUUCUGGGUGCUCUCGUCGCUGUCCAUCCUCAACAAACUCGCGUGGAUCGACGCGGAUAAGCUGAUGUCUUUUAUCCUCUCGGCUCAGGAUAUGGAGAAUGGCGGCAUAGCGGACAGACCGGAAGACCAGCCGGACGUAUUCCACACGCUUUUCGGCGUUGCAGGUCUCUCGCUCCUUGGAUACCCAGGACUGGAAGACCUCGACCCCGUGUAUUGCAUGCCUGCGAGUCUGAUCGAGAGUAUGGGGCUAAAGAAAGGCUGGAAUGCUCUGCCGAGAAAAGGAGCGUGA